GGUUAAGAGAAAAAAAAAACAUAAAAUGACUAUCACCAAAAACAAUUUAGUCGCAUUUGUUUUCACCAUCCUGCUUGUUAUAUCUUCUGUUCAUUGCGGUGCAACAACAUCUAAUAAUGUUUUUGGUUUUGGAAUAAAAGAGGAUGAUCAUGUAUGCUUCGACGUAAGUCCAUGUUUGCCUGUAAGCGGAGGAGAAAAAGGCUGCAAUGCGUUUUGCACGAGGAUGAACUUUAAAUCAGGCCAUUGUUAUCAUUCAGAACUAUGUUGUUGUUACAGUAAAUAAACAAAUAUGCCUUCUUGGCUGAAAUAGUUUAUUACAUAUUGCUAAUGUUAAUAUUAUGUUUUAUCGACGUCGUUUCUAAUA